AUGAUCAGUCGACUUCGCGGCGAAAAUCGACUUGUUCGGGGAGGAUAUCAUCAAGGCCGGGCGAAGCAAAGGACAUUCAUAUCCAUGUUCCGCGGACCUUUGACUCGUCGUAGCUUGGUUUCUCAAGCUGCUGCAUUAUACAUGCAACGAGUUAGACAUACCCAAAAAGUUUUGUGUAAACUUUUAAAACUACCUGUGACACAGCCAGUCAAUGCCCGAGAACAAGCUAUUCAAGUAGAAAGGCAGAAACUUUCAGAUAAAGCUGAAAAAUCGCCUGAGAUUUUUAAUGUUACUCUUCCAUUGUCAACAAACGUACCUUUGUCUGCAACCAGAGUACCGAACCCAGUUGUAAGCAUAUUUCCACGUGCCUCCUAUACUUCGACUUCAGUAUCUGCUGACUACCAACCGCACGGACAACAUACCUUGGAAGAUCACGAGUUUACUGAAAUGAGUGGAUAUCAAGAACAAGUUCGCAAUGCACAUCAAGAUGUGGAAGCCGUCCAACAAGAAUGUUUUAUUGAUCCGGAAACCCCAAAAGCAGCCACUCCGUUUGUACGAACUAUGGAAUACCGGCACCGGAAUUUGCAUGAACCGACACUGAACGACCAUUUGGAACUUUCAAAUCCGGAAGUCCUUUCUCCGCAAACAUCUUUUCAUUACGAGGAUGAGGUGGGUUCGUUCUCAGAAGACUCAACAACAACCAACCAGUGUGAGUCCCAUCUAUCAAAUGAGAAGCAAGGCGUGGGUGCAGACAUUCAGAUCUCACCGCCAGUCUAUUCACCCAACAUACAAUGGAUUAUUCAUUCUGAACGGGACGUGUAG